GAGGAGCCCCAGCGGAGCGGCGGCGGGGCCCGGGGCGGGCGGCGAGACCCACGGACGGACCGACAGACGAGACGGACGACAGACGGGCACCAUGGUGGCCAAGCAGCGCAUCCGCAUGGCCAACGAGAAGCACAGCAAGAACAUCAGCGCAGCGCCGGGAACGUCGCCAAGACCUCGAGGACGGCCGCCGGAGGGAGAAGGCGUCCGGUCGGGCCCGGCUGUUGGGCCGCUCUUCAUCUUCGCUGGUUUGCGGAUCAGCCAUCUUCCAGAUCAUCCAGGAGCAUCCGGAUGGGCAUGUGAGGGUCCCCGCCCGCCCCCAGCGCUGCCAUGGACUGUCCCCCCGGCCGGCGCCCGCCAGCCCCGGUUCCUCCUCGCAGCGGCUGCCGCGGAGCGGUGCCGGCACCGGCCACGUCGGCAUUCCAGUCCCGUCACCAUUUCCGAGUCAUUCCGAAUUUUCUAAGCCCGUGCCACAGUGCCUUGACGAGCACCACAUGUACAAAGCAAUAAAACGAUAUUGUUUGAUCUGCAAUCGUGGACCCACUUAUUCGGUGAAGUGCAGCCCCGUGCUCUGUAGAGAUGCCAAACUGUACGCCAUGUAGAUACGUAGGAACCGACACCUGCUGCAGAACGCCCGGGCCUGAGAGUGUUGUGAGUCUCUGUAUAAGCUGGAAAUGGUUUUAUUUAAAAAGUUGGAAGCCAGGAUUUUCAUUUGGAAGCACGUUCCCAGCGACGCCGUGGGGCCGCGCGGCGCUCCCCAGUGACUCGUCCUCUCGUACACGUAGAGUAGUGCUGCAGCAUGUGGCAGUGCCCGACACGCUUAUCACCACGGAAACUUCAGCCUAUACCUCUUUGUCCUAAUAAAUGCAAAAUGCUUGUUUGUA